AUGGAACAAAUUUCAGAUGAAAAGUUGUAUGUUUUAGAUCAAAAAUAAAAAGAUAAUUAUCCACUCAAAAAUUAGAUAUCUUAAGAUUUUGAAGAUGAUACUCACAUUUAUCGUAUUAUUAGAUUGGGAAAGGAAUCUGUAAAAAUUAUGCAAGAUUUAAAGUGGGAAUGUAUUAUUUAUCUUAUUAUUAUAUUCUAGAAAGACUUUUAAAAGAGAGAGAAUGGAGAAGAUUGAAAGUAUAUUAAAGUCGAGGAUGGCUACAUUAUGCAAUUUUUGAAAAGGAACCAUACGUUUUGUUAUUCAAAAGAAAAAUUACAAAAAAUAAAAGAUCAUGA